UGUUGAGAAGGUGCUGCGGUGACUUCUUGGACACUGGACUGACAAGGCUUUAAAGUGUACUGCUGAGACUGGAUCAACUGUUCCUGUCGUAGAGAGAGAGAAAGAAAGGAGGACUGCUAGGGUACUGGAUAGAAAAAGACAAGACACAAAAAGAAGAGGACAGGAGAAGAGGCUCCGUGAAAGAAUAAGAAACAAGGACAAUAGAAAAGAAAACAGGUUUACAGAAUAUGCUUCAUCAAAUGCAGAAUUGGUGCCACAAGUUACAAUUGUAUUAAAAUAUAUAUUGUUCUUAACAAGAAAGAUAGUAGUUUUAGAUUGGACAAGGAGAACUAGAAAGAAAGAGAGAAAGAAAGAAAGAGAAAGAAAGAAAAAAUAUCCAUUUAACCGAGUUAACUGGAUAUUUGAAAACACUGCCUUCUAAAAAGUGCUUUUGGUGCUUGUCAGUAAACUGAGAACAUUUCAUCAUCCCUGGAACUUACCCCAUCCUGAAUACCCAGCUCAACACAAACCCACGACACGCGACUGGUGAAAAGAAGAAGACAGACAUCAGAAAGGACGAGUACUGGAGAGAGAGAGAGUGUGUGUGGAUUACUGUGAGUUUGCAUACCAGUGUGUGUGGAUUACUGUGAGUUUGCAUACCAGUGUGUGUGGAUUACUGUGAGUUUGCAUACCUGUGUGUGUGAAUUACUGUGAGUGUGCAUACCUGUGUGUGUGUGUGUGUGGAUUACUGUGAGUGUGCAUACCUGUGUGUGUGUGUGUGUGUGUGUGGAUUACUGUGAGUGUGCAUACCUGUGUGUGUGUGUGUGUGUGUGUGGAUUACUGUGAGUGUGCAUACCUCUGUGUGUGUGUGAAUUACUGUGUGUGUGGAUUACUGUGAGUGUGCAUACCUGUGUGUGUGUGUGUGGAUUACUGUGAGUGUGCAUACCUGUGUGUGUGUGUGUGUGAAUUACUGUGUGUGUGGAUUACUGUGAGUGUGCAUACCUGUGUGUGUGUGUGGCAGUGCCUCCUCCUCACAGAGCCAUGGAGACCCCCCCUGGCCUGUUGAACCCACUGGCCUCUCCUGCCCUCAUGGUCCUGGCCUCCUCAGCGGGGGAUCCCUCUCGGGGGAGCCCCCCCUGCCAGCAGCAGCAGCCGGGACGCCAGUUUGGGGUGGACAGCCCCAUGCCCUUCCUGGGCGCCUCCUACUCUCUGGCAGCCAUGUACCACCACUCGGAGAGGCUGAGCGGAGCUCGCGACUACUCCCCCUCCUCCUCCCACCUCCUCCCCUUCCCCCACCCCCCCGCCUUCAGGCACCCCGGCCUGGGGGGGUACGGAGCCCUGCGGCCCUUCCACACGCCCCCCCUGCCCUUCCCAGACGAGGUGGAGCGUUUCUCCAGCGCCUACGCUGCAGCUGUCGCUGCCGCCAGCGGAGUCAAGCACCGCACCAAGCUGCCCGUGGAGCCCCCCCAGAUCAGAUACCUGCCGCUGGACAAGGAGGGGACCCCCUCCUCCCCCCUCUCCCACCCACCAGGGUCCAGCUCCGCGGGGAAGAGAGCCCGCACCCCGGCCGGGCAUCUGAGACGAACUCCCAGCCCCCUGGCAUCCAGCGUGGGCAAGAGAGAGAAGCGCAGCGAAGGGGCGCUGCUGAGUCUGCGAUGCCCGCUGUGUCACCUGGAGCUCACCAGAGCAGACCUGCGGGAUCAUCUGCGCGGCGAGAUCGAGAGACUGGCUCAGCUCAGCCCCAGAAGCCAGUUUCACAGUGAAGCAGUGCUGGAGAGCCUGACACAGCCCCCAGCACAGUCUCUGUCCCCAGUGUGCAGUGUACGUCCCUGUGACUCACCCCUGGGGUCCCCUCUAUCGGGGGACGAGGCUCACAAACUGGACAGACAGCAGAUAUUCCAGCAGGUGAAGACUAACAGAGAGGGCAGACUGGGAGUCAGAGCUGGCCGGUGUAAAAGGAUGAAGAUGGCCGAUGAUGAGCAGUUGGAGAGCCUCUCUCUGAAGGGGGUGAGGCUGCCAGAGUCUGAGGGGGACAGUCUGGAGGAUUUGGAGUACCGCAGCCCAGCUCAGAGCAGCGCACACACACUGCUGGACAGCAAAGGCUGCAGAGUGGGGACCCCGCCCAGUCCUGACAGUGAGCUGGAGAUUGACUCGGACCCUGACGACUCCUCACACCUCACUCACACGCAAAACCCAAUCAAAGACAGGGUCCAGUCCUGGGAUGCGGAGCCCAGCACACUACAGGAAGAAGGCUUAGCGAAUGAGGGGACAGGCAGUGCCAGGGAGAGUGCGGAGUCCCUCAGGGCUCAGAUCAGCGCCCUCACCCGAAGACUGCAGCAGAGGGAGCUGUACCACUGCCACGUCUGUCUGGGCUCUUACUCUGUCCCUGUGGCUUCUAUACAGUGCUGGCACAUCCACUGCGAAGACUGCUGGCUCAGAUCACUCGGUUUGAAGAAGCUAUGCCCGCAGUGCAGCACCAUCACCUCUCCAGCUGACCUACGCAGGGUCUACCUGUGACCUGCCCUGAGGCGUCCCUGACUGGGGAUCCCAAGGUUUCAAUGGAGCAGCGCUGCGAGGCGCCGGCGUGCUGAAUCGGAACAGCACAGAGAAAAUUAAACGAAACUUUAAACACCAGAUAUAUGUAUUACAAUAAAAACAAUAGAAAACUCUUGUUUUUACGUUUUUACUAUUCUGAUUUUUACAAUUCAUUUUG